AUGGCAUCUCCAGGACACAAGAGAGGCAUUUUGGAGCGCUUGGAUGCCGGAGAGAUUGUCGUUGGAGAUGGAGGAUUUGUGUUUGCUCUGGAGAAGAGGGGUUAUGUGAAAGCAGGACCUUGGACGCCGGAGGCAGCCGCAGAACACCCCGAAGCCGUUCGACAGCUGCAUAGGGAGUUCCUUAGAGCAGGGUCAAAUGUCAUGCAGACCUUCACAUUCUAUGCCAGUGACGACAAACUGGAGAACCGAGGCAACACAUUACGUUUCACUGGACAGCAAAUCAACGAGGCCGCUUGUGACCUCGCCAGAGAAGUGGCCAAUGAGGGAGACGCUUUGGUGGCAGGCGGAGUUUCGCAGACGCCCUCCUACCUGAGCUGCAAGAGUGAGAGUGAAGUGAAGGCCAUCUUCCAGAAACAAUUAGAUGUUUUUGUCCAGAAGGAUGUGGAUUUCUUAAUUGCUGAGUACUUUGAGCAUGUCGAAGAGGCCGAAUGGGCCAUUCAGGUUCUGCAGACUACAGGGAAACCAGUGGCAGCCACACUGUGCAUUGGACCCGAGGGAGAUCUGAAUGGGGUCAGUCCUGGAGACUGUGCAGUCAGGCUGGUCAAGGCUGGUGCCAAGAUCGUAGGAGUCAACUGCCACUUUGACCCCAUGACUUGCGUGAAGACGGUGAAGCUCAUGAAGGAGGGUGUGGAACGUGCAGGACUAACGGCCCACUACAUGGUCCAGCCCUUAGCUUACCACACCCCAGACUGCAACUGCCAGGGCUUCAUCGACCUGCCAGAGUUCCCCUUCGCUUUAGAGCCCAGAAUUCUGACCAGAUGGGACAUGCAUCAAUAUGCCAGGGAGGCAUACAAAGCUGGCAUUCGAUACAUUGGCGGCUGCUGUGGGUUUGAGCCCUACCACAUACGUGCUCUGGCAGAGGAGCUGGCACCGGAGAGAGGUUUCCUGCCUGCUGCUUCUGAAAAGCAUGGACUGUGGGGCAGUGGCCUGGAGAUGCACACCAAGCCCUGGGUCAGAGCGAGGGCUCGUCAUGAUUACUGGGAGCAACUGAAGCCAGCGUCCGGUCGGCCCAAGUGUCCUUCCAUGUCCAGUCCAGAUGGAUGGGGAGUGACCAAAGGACAUGCUGACCUGAUGCAGCAGAAAGAGGCAACCACCGAAGACCAGCUCAAACAGCUUUUCGAGAAAACCAAGGCUAGCUGA